AUGGCCAAAACUGCCCAGGAAUUCAUUCAAAGUUCAUUCUCACCAAUAAUCGCAACACUUUGCAGUGCUAAAGUAGAAAACAUAGUUUCAAAAAAUAAUUUAACACUGCCGGAAUUGUUACAACCAUUUACGCAAUUGGAUUGGGAAGGACAGCUUCGAGAACCAGGAGGAAGUACUUGUACAAUAAAGAAUUUUAAUUUAGUAAUCAGGGAUAUUAAUUGGAAACCACUUCAACCAACUGAAGCAAGAAGACAGUUGAAUAAUGCAGUCUUACAUAAUUAUGAUGAGAAAACUGUUCCACUUAAUAUAGAUGGACAUAAUUUUGAGAUACCACAAACUACACCUUGGUUUGAUGCUUGGAGAGAAACUUAUCUUGAAGUGCAAUUUCCUUCUGAUCAUGAAUUUACUAAACACUUCAUGGCUUGUAUUAUUGUGGCAACAACACUAGAUGAUAAUAUAAUUGAUGUAUAUAAUAGUUUGAAUCAGCAAUAUGCUGAACUACAGAAUGUUACUCCACCUAAAUUACCGAAGUGGUUUAAUAGUUCAGUACUAAAGUCUUAUCUUCUCUUACAUGAUGUUUCAGCUGUUGCUAAAGAGAAAGCAGAUAAAGCUUACGAAACAUUAAAACAAACUUUUGGAGCUUCAAACUGUUUUAUGUUAUCUAUAAAUUCCAAGAACUCUGCAGAGGCUAAGCUGCCCACUGAUUACUGGAGUGAUUAUCUAAAGAGGCCUUCAGAACUACAGAGCGAUACACAGUCAGUGUCAGCUCUUACUAUAACACCUCAAGAGUCACAAGCAGGAUUUCAACCAGUAAAUACAACACCGCCAGAUGAUAAGCAAAAUACCUUAAGUGCAGUGAAUCCUGAAGGUGUACAUCCCUUAACUAAUGAAAAUGAUGUUUAUGAUAAUGCAAACAGUUUGCAGCCAUAUUCAUUCUCUGGCAGCUCUGAAAGUGUUAAUGUGUACGGAAAGCCAUCGGACAGUUUGUCCGAAGUUCAUGCACAAUUAUCGGAAGUUGUUGCAAAUAAGAAGGGUGUGAGUAGAUCUUUGUUGUCAGCUACAAAGAGAUGGUUUACAACUGGUAAAUCUGGGAACACGGCAGUCAAUAAUACAGUUAUUUACUCGAGCUCGUGCCCGGAGCUGCAGCUGCGGCGGCUGGGCGACGCGUGGCUGCUGUGCGCGCAGUGGGCGCGCGCCUUCGACGCGUACCACGCCGCCAAGCGCGAGUUCUCCGCCGACGGCGCGUGGCUGUGCUACGCCGGCGCGCUGGAGAUGGCCGCGCUCAGCGCCUUCAUGGCCGGCGACGCCUCGCGCAAGACCUUCGGCUACAUGGAGGAGAGUAUCGUCACCUAUCUCAACACUUGCAGGAUGGUGCAAUACGCAGUAAGAGCUACGUUGCUAUCAGUGCCAUGUCUGAUCAACGCGGGCUUGUACGGCGAGGCCGCCAAGCAACUCAUACGGAUGACAUCGGAGGACAGCGACCUGCGAAGCGCGAUGCUUCUAGAACAAGCGGCAUUGUGUUUCCUGAAAGGGCCAAGUAACAAGACAAUGACGAGAAAAUAUGCCUUCCACAUGGUGCUCGCAGGACACAGGUUUUCUAAGGCCGGUCAGAAGAAACAUGCUUACAGAUGCUACAAACAGGCGUAUCAGGUGUACGGCGGCAGCGGGUGGCGGCUGUCGACGGACCACGUGCAGUUCGCGCUGGGGCGGCUGGCGGGCGCGCUGCGGGCGCCGCGCGCCGCCGCCGCCGCCGCGUGGCUGCGCGCGCCGCUCGCGCCCGCCUCGCCGCAGCCGCGCGCCAUGCAGGACGCCUUCCUCAGGGAGUUCAUGCUCGCGCACCAGCAAUGGGUAGAGUCAUCGGAGGAGUUUAUAGAGCGUCUUCCAGAGUUACCGGUGCCUUUAUUAUCCGUGGAAGAUACGGCCAUUUUGUGCGUGGGCCCCGCGCCUAUAUCCUCCCCGGGGCGGACCCCGGCCUCGUCGUUGUCCCUGCCCCCUUCGCCAGACACCAGUGAGGAUGACCCCUACUGGCACAAACUGGAGGAAACUCUCUUACAAGUAGCACAAGGAAGUGUACCCAUGAUUUUCAAACCGACUACAGACUUGUAUACACAGAAAACUGACAGCAACCCUAUUGUUCCGCAAGGAGAACCAAUACAAGUUUCAGUAACAUUAUUCAAUCCGUUAAAGGUUUCAUUGCUUUUGAAAGAUGUUGAAUUAUUAUGGCAGUUCGCGCCCAGUGCGGAAGAUCCUGGAGAACACACAGAUGAAGUGCUGAACAAUGAACCCUCGUUAGCCGCGGGACAGAAUCUAGAGAGCAAUGUGAUACACGGACAAAAGAUCAAAUCCUUUCUAUUAGAUGGAGAUUGUAAAAAGACGUUAAAUUUCAUAAUAACCCCUUUAAAGAUUGGUCAGCUUACUAUACAAGGUUUAGCUUUUAAACUUAUCAAUGUGGCCGGAGGAAAAGAAAAUGAAAACGGUGUGGCUAUAAUGGGAAAAUUAAAUUUGCAAAGUGGCACCAAUAAUUCAGACAAACUUUUACAAAUAAUAGUUAUUCCUGAAACGCCAUGUUUACAGAUGACCCUGUCUGAAAUUUCUGAAGACGUGAUCAGUGGGGAAAUUCUAACAGUCGAUCUUGAAUUUCGUAACGUCGGCCCAGUUCCGAUGCAAAACUUAUAUGUUGCUGUUUCCCAUCCUGACUGUAUGAGCGUCGUCAGCGCGGAUGAUGAUAAAGAUGACUUUAAUGUACUUUACGAGGAGAAGUAUAGAGAACAACCUGAGUAUUCUGACGAGCGGGCGGCGCGCGCGGCGGCGCGGGCGCGGUCGGCGGCGCGGCGCGCGGCGCACGUGCGCGUGUGCGGCGCGGGCGCGGCCGCCGCGCUGCUGCUGCGGCCGCGCGCGCGCGCGCCGCGCCUCUACCUGCUCGCCUACUACGAGACCGGCCAGCGCGCGCGCCCGCACCGCCUGCUCCGACACGUGUUCCGCUUCAACCCCACUGAAACUGUUGAAAUACUAGCCACUCCUCGACGAGGCUUAAACAUUUCCAAUGAAAAAGUUUUAGAAAAUAUGCACUUAUCUGUUGAGGUGAAGAACAUAUGCAAUGAGAAAGAGGAGGAUAUAAGCAUAGAAGUACUAGAAACCUCAUUACUGAGUAGACAGUGGAAGCUGACUGACCUCACGACUGCCAUUGAUACUAAUAAUAGCCUAAUAUCGCGUGAGAGAGUCCAUUUUAUCCUAAAAAGCAUUAGAAUAUUCGAUACAUUACCCGAAGGCCAUGUCGAGUACUCUCGUCUUAAAAUUGCUCCCCAUCUGGCCGAAAGCCGAAUCGACAUCAAUAAGCCUCCCUACUCAAAGUUUGUGACCGACGAAAUAUCUUCUCCAUUCGAAGUAUCAGAUCCUAAUCAAGAUGGUCAGAAAAAAGUCGGCCUGAUACAAUCCAUGUUUAUAUUGAGAUGGAAAGCAUAUAAUAAAAAAACCGGCCGCUCCGCUGUCGGUCAGCACUGUCUUUGGCUGGACUGCUUCAAUAAAACACUCUCUCAUGAACGAGAAAAAUUACUAAUGGAUAUACCUAUGCAACUCGACGAUAUUGAUAGUCGACUUGAAUUACACGAAACAAAAGGAAGGAGUGAGAAAAAUAAUAUCAUUAUUUUCAGACUCGAACAUUCCAAUUACAUCGAUCAUAAUUUUAAGGCAAAUAAGUUAUGUAUGGUACCUGUUGUCAUCAACAUUGUAAAUUGCUAUGGUGUUCCCGUCUCUGUUUUUAUAGAUAUGUCUAAACAACAAAACAGGGAAUCUUCCGGAGAACUUGGUUGGGCGGGUGCCUUGAACAAUGGACUUGAUUCUGAUUCUAAAGAAUUAGGUUUGAAUAUUACUUUGGAGAAAUUUGAAUAUCGUCGAGUUCAGGUUCGUGCUCUGUGCGCCGGACCGGGGACAUACCUGUUGGGCUCGACUUUCUCCGUAACUACAAUGUGGGGCACAGAUAACAGAACCACAACGCUGUUACCUAACAGCACAUCGAAUGUGUUAGUAUCAUUACUCAAGACAUAUGCGAUUUCCGGUAAGAGUGUCGUCGACAAGACCUUAGGUUGGCAAAGUUAUAAGACGAUGGCAGUACCUAGUAGAGCCCGUGUAUAUGCCGAUGUAAACUCACAAAAGCCUAGAGAAUACUGGGAUUAUGAGAGUUAUGUGGUGGAUUGGGGUAACCAGGAAAACUAUCAGUUAGUUCGGAAGCUUGGGCGCGGAAAAUACAGUGAAGUAUUUGAAGCAAUAAAUGUCAUAAAUAAUGAGAAAUGUGUAGUUAAAAUAUUGAAGCCUGUUAAAAAGAAGAAGAUAAAACGAGAAAUAAAAAUAUUAGAGAACCUAAGAGGAGGCACAAAUAUAAUUACUUUACAAGCUGUGGUAAAAGAUCCUGUAUCUCGUACUCCAGCUUUAAUUUUUGAACAUGUGAAUAACACUGAUUUUAAGCAACUUUAUCAAACAUUGUCAGAUUAUGAUAUAAGAUAUUACUUGUAUGAACUUUUGAAGGCUUUAGAUUAUUGCCACAGUAUGGGUAUAAUGCAUAGAGAUGUUAAACCACAUAAUGUGAUGAUUGAUCAUGAUAAUAGAAAGCUACGUCUUAUUGACUGGGGGUUAGCUGAGUUCUAUCAUCCAGGGCAAGAGUAUAAUGUUCGUGUCGCUUCUAGAUACUUUAAGGGUCCUGAACUUUUAGUGGAUUAUCAAAUGUAUGAUUAUUCACUGGACAUGUGGUCACUAGGAUGUAUGUUAGCAUCUAUGAUCUUCCGUAAAGAGCCUUUCUUCCAUGGUCAUGAUAAUUAUGACCAGCUUGUACGUAUUGCAAAAGUGCUGGGCACUGAAGAACUGUUUGAAUAUUUGGAUAAGUAUCAUAUAGAAUUGGAUCCACGGUUUAAUGACAUUCUUGGAAGACAUUCUCGCAAAAGAUGGGAGAGAUUUGUGCAUUCAGAGAAUCAACAUUUAGUUUCUCCCGAGGCCUUGGACUUUCUUGACCGUCUUCUGCGCUAUGACCACUAUGAGCGUUAUACAGCUCGUGAAGCAAUGGAUCAUCCUUACUUCUACCCAAUUGUAAAGGAGCAAGGUCGAAUGGUAUCUUCUAAUUCUCCUAGUCCUAAUGCGUUGGAAGGACCAAUAAAUGCAGCAGAG